AUGGCAUACCAGCUGUUUGCGAAGAAUCAGACAAGGCCAGCAACUUCUGCGUCUUCGCUUUCCCCUCCCCCGACCAACCGCCAUUCAGCGCGGCCUCCCAUCCACCCCCCUCCAGUCCAGCUGCCUCAAUCAGCCGUCGCAAACACGUCUGGCCCGAAACGCUCGAAAGAAGAGGUCUUUGUCCCAUAUCCUCAUGAUAUUCCAGCUGGUGUGGUGACUCCACACCCCCAUAUCACAGUCGAGAAAGUCAACACUGCGCAUAUCCCUUCGUUGACGCGGAUCACGGGCUUGCUCCUUCCUAUCCGCUACCCAAACUCGUUCUACACAGCUACCAUAACCGACCCAGUGGUUGCUUCUAUUUCGCGGGUUGCCAUUUACCAUGACCACCCUGUUGCUGCGGCGCCGGGGUCCGGCGCAUCUGCCGGGACGGACAAGGUCAUCGGGGGCAUUCGGUGUCGCCUAGAGAGAGUCCGACAGGCAGAGGACUCAAACGAAGAGACCAAAGUUGAAGGAAACGGAUGUCCCACAAAUCUCUACAUUCAGACCCUACAUCUUCUCUCGCCUUACCGGGGCCGUGGUGUGGCAGCGUCACUGUUGAAUUCGCUUCUCUUUGCGUCACCACCGGACAGCAAGGGCAAGGACUCAUACCGUGUUUCCGAGAUCGUCAGGCACUAUAACAUCUGCUCUGUUACAGCACAUGUCCAUGAGGCAAACGAAGAGGGGCUGAAAUGGUAUAUUGCGCGUGGAUUUAGGGUUGACGGAGAUGUAGCCGAAUACUAUCGGCGACUGAAGCCGUCGGGAGCGAAGAUCGUACGACUAGAUUUGAACCGGAACGAGGAACAUGAAACAGCUGCUCCGACAGAAAGAAAUUCGCAGAAUACAGCUUCUCCUGGUGAAGUAGAAGACGAGGACUGGGAGAAGGUGGAGGCGGAGGAUGGCGAAGAAGAUGACCAUGGAAUACAGCAUUUGAACGAGUCACAAGCCCUCGAAAAACAGGAUACGCCUUCGCGCAAGCGCAAGGCUGAAGACGACAAUCACAAGCCUCAGGUCGAGUGA